AGGAGGCGCGGGGCCACCCUGACCGAUCCGGCGAGCGCUGUGUCCCGCCCGGCGAGUUGGCAGUUGGCGACCCCCCUCGACUCCCCCGCCGCCGCGGGCUCCCCGUGGCCUUCGGAGGCUCGGCGAGUCGCUCCAAAUGUUUGCCAUAUUUGUUCAGCCUCCGUAACUCGCCGAGCAGGGCCAGCGCGGCCCGCCCCGCGCCGCCCUCUCCGUCGGCCCCGCAACCGCCAUGGGCAGGGAGCGGCCGGGCCGCGGCGCGCAGAGCCAAGGGGGACCGCCGGCCGCCGACGCCGCGGGGCCCGAGGACAUGGGGCCGAAGAGGGGCGCGGGGGCCCCCAAGGAGAGCGGGGAGGAGGAGGCCCGGAGGUGCUGCGGCUGCCGGUUCCCGCUGCUGCUCGCGCUGCUGCAGCUGGCGCUGGGCGUCGCCGUGACCGUGGUGGGCUUUCUCAUGGCCGGCAUCAGCUCCUCCCUGCUAGUCAGAGACACUCCAUUUUGGGCUGGGAUCAUUGUCUGCUUAGUGGCCUAUCUUGGUUUGUUUAUGCUUUGUGUCUCCUAUCAAGUUGACGAACGGACAUGUAUCCAGUUUGCCAUGAAACUCUUGUACUUUCUGCUGAGCGCCCUUGGCCUGACGGUCUGUGUGCUGGCCGUGGCGUUCGCCGCUCACCACUUUGCACAACUCACACAGUUUACCUGUGGAACCAUGCUCGACACCUGCCAGUGCAAACUGCCCUCCUCCGAGCCCCUCAGCAGGACCUUUGUGUACCGGGAUGUGACUGACUGUACCAGCAUCACUGGCACUUUCAAACUGUUCUUACUCAUCCAGAUGAUUCUGAACUUGGUCUGCGGCCUUGUGUGCUUGUUGGCCUGCUUUGUGAUGUGGAAACACAGGUACCAGGUCUUUUACGUGGGUGUCAGGAUGUGUUCCCUGACAACUUCCGAAGGUCAGCAGCAAAAGGUCUAACAUUCUUGCUCAAAGGUGGGGAGAAAACAGCACCCUGACUAGCUGAGAUAUUUUUUAAAAGGAAAAAAAGAGAAAGAAAAUGAAGAAAAAAUGAAAUUUGACAAUAACUAAUAUUCGCUGUUCUAAAUGAAUAUUUUUAUAUUUUUCAGGAAAUGAAAGAGCAUUUCUUCAGAUUUCCAUAGUAUUUUUUUGUUAAUUCCUAAGAUCUAAACUGACUUUGGGAUAUUAAAAGAACACGGUACAGGGAAAGAAUGGUAUAGAUCUAUCUUUAAAGUCUGGAGUCUAUUCCUAAUACUCAUGUUACCUAUUACUGAUAUAAUCUUCUUUCCAGUUAGUCCGGUUCGAUUUGGACAGUUUCAGACCCACUUGCUAAAUUUUGUAGGAUCUUCCUCCAGGCCUUUCCCCCCUCCCCCCAUGAUCCUCACUAUGACUCCGAGAAAAGCAGGGGCAGGAGGAGGGGGAGAGCUGAACAGCCAGUGUGUCUUUCUCUAUUUUCCCUGGUAGAGAUGUCUUCAAGGCAUGAAACAGCUUAAAAGAGCAGAGUAGAAAAGGAAGAGACUUUGCAAAAGGCUGAAUAAUUACAAACACCUGGGUUGGAGCCCCUGGCCUUUUUCCUCUGUUCCCUUAUUUUGGAUCUGUAAAUAGAUCACUUAGUGAAUGCUUUGGGUGAUUGUCUGCUUCUCAGUAAUUGAAAGCUGGUGGUAGUUGUAUUCUUAAUGAUAUAGACGGUUUAAAAAUAAUUACAUUAUGCUUCUAUUCUGUCAUCUAAAACAAAUCAUUAAAGCUAAUUUCUAGCUAAUUGUUAAUUAUAAUUAUGCUCAGAAGUCUAUUUAAUGAGCCCUGGCUGUACGUACGUGGCACUGUCGGUAUUUGGAGAAAUUACUAUCACAAGAGAGAAGGCUUAAAGAUUCUUUCUUCUGAAAGCCAAGCUUUACAAGGGAGAAAAAUAAUUUUUUUUAUUAAUAGCUCAGGUUAAAAAUACUCAUUUAAAUGAAAAAGAGAGCAUUUGUAAUGGGAAAUGUUUAUGCAAAUAGCACAUUUGUGAUAUGUUGUAAAGUAUCUCUCUUGGCAGCUAAGUACUUUUGACGAAGAUUGAGUAAUGCUGAGGUGUCCCAUUCAUGAAAUUAUAUUUGAUAUGUAAUCUUAUUAUUGAUUUGUAUGCACAGUCAACUAGAGCCUUAAACUAAUGUUUUCUGAGGCCCUUAUUUGAACAUUUGGCCAUUGACUUGGAGGGUAGUUUUUGGUUUUGUUUUGAAGUGACUGCGACUUAAAAGAGCACAGCUACCCUAUGGUGGGAGACUUUUCUCUCUAGUUAUUGUUAUCAUUGAACUUGGAACAAUAUCAAUGUUUUAAGGAAGGAGCUCAGAAUGCAAAUUCAUGUAGCAUAAAUGUUACCAAAAACUUUCUCUAGGGCUUCCCUGGUGGCGCAGUGGUUGAGAGUCCGCCUGCCGAUGCAGGGGACACGGGUUCGUGCCCCGGUCCGGGAAGAUCCCACAUGCCGCGGAGCGGCUGGGCCCGUGAGCCAUGGCCGCUGAGCCUGUGUGUCCGGAGCCUGUGCUCCUCAACGGGAGAGGCCACGGCAGUGAGAGGCCUGCGUACAACAACAAAAAAAAAAAAAAAAAAAAAACCCCAAAACUUUCUCUAUUAGUAUGCUCUGUUGAAAGCAGAAAUUCAAUAUAAUUGAGCUUUAUUUGCUUCUCCACAUUGCCUAUUGAUAUAUUUUACUAAUCAUUAAAUCCUACUCUAAAAAAAUCAUUUCCUUGUUUGCCUUAAGAGGUAUAUGAAUAAUUCCAUCGAUUGUGACAAUAGUGUCGAUUAUUACAUGAUUUGAAUAUCCAAAUAAAAAGGGAAAUGUUAAGUUAGUUGGAGGAUUGUAAAUAUAUUUUAUGCCCUCCAGAUAAAGCACCUGAUUAACAGAUGUUAAAACCUUUUUAUGUAUUGACUUGCUUUAAAAAUCGCCUUCCUACACACUAGCUCAGGCCAAAAAUGCACAUCGGGGGCUUAAUGGAUGAUUCUGGAGCAGAGGUUUGAUACACAAAAAUUACAUCAACACACACCAAGCCUCCUGAUGAUGACCUAAAAAAAUACUUUGUACCCUGUUAAAAAAAUUCCAGUAACUGAAUCCAUUUUGAUUUUGACAGUUUCCUACAAAAGAAAAUGACUGAUAAUCUGUGGGCUCUUUUUUUAAGGCACCAUUGGAAUCAUACCCUGAAUACCUUAAAUAAUUUUUUAUAGCAAACACUACAAAUUUUUCUAUCAGAAAAUUAAAUUCUACACAACACUAAGGUGCUCUAUGCUUUACAAGCGAUUCACAGGGUAUUUCAAAUGGUAGAAUAACUCUAGCUUAUGUGCUUCCUUUUUCUAAAUAAUGCAACCAGUAAGAACUGACAUGGUGAUAAGCUUGGUAAUAAUCAGGAUAUAUAUAUAUAUAUAUAUAUAUAUGUGUGUGUGUGUGUGU